UUUGGUGGGACCGUGAAUGGCUAUUGAAAUUUGAAAGCAGUUGGUGGUGGUGAGUCAUACCGUUGGCAUCCGUCCAAGUCUCGGCACCUCUGAGGUUGGGAGUGAGAUAACGAAAACAUCAACCACCCAAGACUCACCCAAAACCAGAGAAUAACAAAGGGAGAGUUGGAGAGUGAGUGACGAAGAGAGAGAUGGCGAUGGCAAUGGCGCUUCGGAGGCUUUCAUCGUCCGUCGACAAGCCCGUUCGUAGCGUCUUCAAUGGCGGUUCCAUCUAUUACAUGGCAUCUUUACCGAAUGAAGCUGUAUACGAGAAGGAGAAAUCUCGUGUUACAUGGCCAAAGCAGUUGAAUGCUCCGCUGGGGGUUGUGGAUCCUGAAAUUGCAGACAUUAUUGAGCUCGAGAAAGCAAGACAAUGGAAGGGACUUGAACUCAUACCCUCCGAGAACUUCACUUCUGUGUCAGUUAUGCAAGCUGUUGGGUCUAUUAUGACAAACAAGUACAGCGAAGGAUAUCCAGGCGCUAGAUACUAUGGAGGAAAUGAGUACAUUGACAUGGCAGAAUCCUUGUGCCAGAAGCGUGCUUUGGAAGCAUUUCGGUUGGAUCCUGCAAAAUGGGGAGUGAACGUGCAGUCUUUAUCUGGCUCGCCUGCAAAUUUUCAAGUUUACACUGCACUAUUAAAAGCUCAUGAAAGAAUUAUGGCACUUGAUCUUCCUCAUGGUGGACAUCUUUCUCAUGGCUAUCAGACCGACACCAAGAAAAUAUCUGCAGUGUCUAUAUUUUUUGAGACAAUGCCAUAUAGAUUGAAUGAGAGCACUGGCUACAUUGACUAUGACCAGUUGGAAAAAAGUGCCACACUCUUCAGACCAAAACUAAUAGUUGCUGGUGCUAGUGCUUAUGCCCGUCUCUAUGAUUAUGCACGUAUUCGCAAGGUUUGUGACAAGCAGAAAGCUAUCUUGUUGGCAGAUAUGGCACAUAUUAGUGGGUUGGUUGCGGCUGGUGUUAUCCCAUCGCCAUUUGAGUAUGCAGAUAUAGUGACAACCACAACCCACAAGUCACUCCGUGGACCACGUGGAGCCAUGAUUUUCUUCAGGAAGGGGGUAAAAGAGGUUAAUAAACAAGGGAAAGAGGUUUUGUAUGACUAUGAAGACAAAAUCAAUCAGGCUGUCUUUCCUGGACUUCAAGGUGGCCCUCACAAUCACACAAUUGCUGGCUUAGCUGUUGCAUUGAAACAGGCUACUACUUCAGAAUACAAAGCUUAUCAAGAGCAAGUUCUCUCUAAUUGUUCAAAGUUUGCAGAGACUUUGAUCAAGAAGGGUUAUGAACUUGUUUCUGGUGGAACUGAGAACCAUUUAGUCUUAGUGAAUUUGAAGAACAAGGGUAUUGAUGGCUCCAGAGUUGAAAAGGUGUUGGAAUCUGUUCAUAUUGCAGCUAACAAGAACACCGUUCCUGGAGAUGUGUCGGCCAUGGUUCCUGGUGGCAUCAGGAUGGGAACCCCUGCUCUUACUUCUAGAGGAUUUGUUGAGGAGGAUUUUGUUAAAGUAGCAGAAUACUUUGACGCUGCUGUGACCGUGGCAGUGAAGAUCAAGGCUGAAACUACAGGGACAAAGUUGAAGGACUUCUUGGCCACAAUGCAGUCUAGCCCUCACCUCCAAUCUGAGAUUGCAAAGCUUCGCCAUGAGGUGGAGGAGUAUGCAAAGCAAUUCCCAACAAUUGGAUUUGAGAAAGAAACCAUGAAGUACAAGAACUAAUGUAGGCACUUCGAGCAUAAGCCAAAUGAUGUUCCAAGUAAAUGCAAGUGAAGGAGGGAUGAUGCAUCUGUGAGCUAUAGAUCAACAACGCAGAUGAAGAUCUUUUAUAUGAAUUCAGAUGAACAUUGAAAAGCUGUGUAUAUUUUAUAUAUACAUAUUAGCAGGAGGCUCUUUAAAGUUUAAAGCAAUAAACUUGUCUUACUUUUGAUCUAAGAAA